GCCCUCGCGUCCACCCAAAACUGAACUCAGCCGCUUUCUGCCUACACCGUCCUCUCCCCCCAGACAGACAGCCUGGGCUUGGGAAAGGCAGCGAGGAAGUGUGUGGUCCCUGGGACAGCAGGGCAGAUCUUAGCCGAGGUGGGCUUGUCCAGGACGGAGCCCUGACCCGGCCGGCCCCGGGCACUGCAUCGUUGCUUACCGAAAUAGUGCUCUCUUACGUAUACGGCUGUUUUUAAAAUGCCCACCAUAUAAUGUGCCAGACUCUGAUUUCAGCUUAUGUGGAGAACUUGUUGUGGAAGCCACCUAUAAAUCCAUUUACCGAAUUUAUGGAGAAGCCUACAAAUGAUGGAAGUCAUUCAGAAGAACUCUUUUCCCAUUUUAAAAGUAUACCAGAGAAAGAACAUUUACCACGGCAUGCCAGUGAAAGUCAUCUCAGCUGCCUAAAGCAGGACAUCCUAAUUGAGAAGACCAAAUUGGAAGCAACAUUUAAGGAAGCCGAGUUAGCAACUUGUUCUGUAGAAUUACUUUUGCCAGUAUUUAAGGACACCAUUGAAGAGAUUAGUUUUGAAAAUACUGAUCUUUCUGCAUCCAAUUUGAAGAUUUCUAAACAGAAGGAAAUAUUAAGAAAAGAAUUAGACUCUUUUAAAGAUUUAAAACAAACUUUAGAACAUCUUCUUAGAAAGACAGAACACCAACAGAGAGGGGACAGUUUAUCCAGCUUGUUAGAUAAGCUAGCUGAUAAUGAAAGUGAAAACACUAAUCUUAAGACGAAGGUACUUGAAAAGGAGACCUAUAUCCAAGAACUUUCUUGUUUGUUUCAGAAUGAAAAGGCAAAUGCUUUGAAAGCAAGCCGUUUGUCACAAUCAGUAAAAGUAGUACAUGAACGACUACAGUUCCAAAUUCAUAAAAAGGAAGCAGAGAAUGAUAAAUUAAAAGAGCACAUAAAGAGCUUAGAAACCAAAAUAUCAGAAUGGAACUUGCAAUUGAAAAAGAGUACGCAUGAGGCUGUAACGAUGAAAGAAUCAAGUAGGCAAAAAGCUAUAGCUCUAAAAAAGGCAUCUAAAAUUUACAAACAAAGGAUUAAACAUUUUACUGGAGACGUGGAAAACCUUACUUCCCAAAUUAGAGAGCAGGAAGCCAAGUUGUCUGAAAUAGUUUCAGCUUCCAACGUCUGGAAAAGUCAUUAUGAGAAAAUUGCAAUAGAAAAAACUGAAUUGGAAGUUCAGAUCGAAACAAUGAAAAAGCAAAUUAUUCAUCUUUUGGAAGACCUGAAGAAAAUGGAAGACCAUGGAAAAAAUUCAUGCGAAGAAAUUCUUAGAAAACUUCACUCAAUUGAAUAUGAAAAUGAAACUCUGAAUCUUGAGAAUACAAAAUUAAAGACUACACUAGCUGCUUUGAAGGACGAGAUUGCCUCUGUUGAAAAUGAGCUCUUAGAAUUGCAAGAAGUAGAAAAACAACAGAAAGCUCUUAUUGAAGUUUAUAAAGCUCAGAUACAGAAGUUGCAGGAAGCAGCUGAAAUGGUGGAAAGCAGAUGUGAAAGUUUGCUACAAGAGAAUAACCUAAUAACAAAAAACAAAAAUAAAAAAUUAAAGAAGGUGAGAGGCCAGAUGGAGUCUCAUCUGAAGGAGUUAGAGCACGACCGCAAUUCCUUGACGGCAGCAGAACAGAGGCUUCACGAGUGUCAGGAGAGCCUGCAGCACCACAAGGGGAAAUGUGCAGACCAAGCACACGCCAUUAGGGAGCUUCAGGGCCAGGUUGAUGAAAAUCAUGAUCUUCUGACAAAGCUUUCUCUGGAAGAGGAAAAUUAUCUUAUUCAGUUGAAAUGUGAAAACCUUAAACAAAAAUUAGAACAGAUGGAUGCAGAAAAUAAAGAGCUUGAAAAGAAGCUGGCAAACCAAGAAGGAUGUCUUAAGCAUACCAAUCUUGAGUUUAAAGAGAAAUCUGCAGAAUAUAGAGCAUUGGCCAGACAGCUGGAAGCUGCUGUAGAAGAAGGAAGACAAAAGGUUUCUGAAGAAAUAGAGAAAAUGUCAUCUAGAGAAAGGGCUUUACAAAUUAAAAUAUUAGAUCUGGAAACUGAGCUUAGAAAGAAAAAUGAAGAACAAAAUCAACUUAUUUGCAAAAUGAAGAGUAAAGCACAACAUCAGGAAGUAUGUUUGAAAGAAAUACAGCAUAGUCUUGAAAAGUCGGAGAAUCAAAAUGAGAGUAUUAAGAAUUAUUUACAGUUUCUUAAAACUUCUUAUGUAACAAUGUUUGGAUAAAUUGUUGGAUUUAUUUUCUAUAAGCAAUAGGUUUUUACUAUGAGUCUAAAAAGUAAUUAGAUAAAAAUUAAAUAAAUAUAUUAUCUGUUGCUAUAUUUUAUGAUUUAUGGGUGGUACUAUUAGGGUUUUUAUGUAAAGAUUUUUGAAACAUAAUUUAUUAUCCAGUUGAAACUUUAAAACAAGAUACAUGUUAGUAUUCCUUUUUUGCUGGAUAAUCUUCACUUAGCUCUGGAUUAAUAUCUAUUUAAUUUAUUUUGGUUUUUGGAAUAUUUUACACACAGAAAAGAAGCCAGAAUCAUUCUUUGUAGCAACCAUUCAAGUGAAUUUGUAAUAAACCUAGGCCAAUUAUGAGCCAAAUACAUGAUUUUAAAUAAUGUAUAUAAUUGUUUUACAUUAUGGUGCUGUAUAUUUAUAUAUUAAUAUAAUAAAGGAAAAUAUUCUGGAUAUUAUUUUUAAUAAUGAUAUAAUUGCAUACUUUCUAAAGAUACCAAAGGUCUCAGUGUACUUAAUAUUAUUUCAAAUAUGCAGAGAUGCCAUUAUAAUUCCUGUGAGGUUUUAAAUAUAGAAUUUUAAGUCAUGGCUACUAAAUGCCAACUGACGGUAACAGGUGAAAAUAUGUUGGCAUGCAUUGUUUCUUUAUAAAGAAUAGGCAUUUAGGCUCUCCUAUAAAUUCAUAGUCUCUUUUGUUCUUCAUCUUAUGUUAGUGAUUGUCUGAUAUUAUUAGUGUAGACAUUCUGAAACCCCUGAGUUAAGUGAAAGAUUAAAGGGGAAUAGCUUGUCCGACCCCUACGCAUGGCCAGCUCACAUGGGAUGAUCAAAAUAAACACUCUUAAUCCCAGGAAGCUUUAGAAUAAGGUGUUUGUUAUUGGGAUGACGUAGAAGAGCUACCAAGAACAUGUUCUCUGUAAUCUCCUAGCCUAUGUGUCAAGGCAGGAUACUCUAAAAGGGGAUGGAUGUAAUUGACAAGGGAUCAAGUAGUAGUGACUUCUCUCAGAGAAAGGCUUGAGAGCUGUUUAUUCAAAGAACACUCAGGUCUCAAAAGAUUGUUCAAAGAGGCAAGUUGUGUACUACACAGUCCAGCCUAUGAACAGAGCUCAGUCCCCCCAAGGUGUUUUAUCCACUUCUGACCAGAAAUGGGGGCCUGCUUAUCUCUGGUCCCCUCACUCCUAAGACUGCCAUAUCAUCUGCAGGGGCUUACUACCCUGUGACCCAACUGCUUCAUAGUAUUUUUCUUAAAAUAGCAAAAUACAGUAAUUUCAGAAACUGGCCACAUUUCUUUCCCAACAAUUGCCAACAAUAUUAGAGUUGCCUUUUAAUUUUAAAUCAUAGUACUUGUGGUACUAAAACACAUGCUUGACCCUUGUGGUCCUUUCUUCAUCUCCUACGGCAAAGACAGCCUUAGGAAAUACUCACGUGAAAGAAAACUAAGGUUCUUGAGUAUAUCCCACUAGACUGUGAACUCUUUAAGGGCAGAACUGUAUCUUAUUUAUGAUUCUGUUUCAGCCACCACAGAAUACCUGAUAUGGAUACUCAGUUGAUGUUUGUGAAUAGGUAGAUAGAUGGGUGUUAAGAGAGGGAGGUAUUCAUAUUCCUCCCUUAGAUAUGACAAAAUGUAAGCAUAGAGGGAUUAACUUCUGUGGCUGUGAUAUAAAACUCUUUGGGUUUUAAAGUUGGCAUUUGAACUCAAGCCUUCUGACUCCAAAAUUAAAAGUUCUAUGUACAAUACUUUUCUCCUGUUGUAAGCUGUGACAGCAGCAGUAGCCCAGCAGCAGCAUUGCUGUUAUUUAUUGAGUACUAGUCUGUGCCAAAGUUCUGAGUGUAGUACAUGUAUUAAUUCAUUUAAUCUUUAUGUCUGAUGAGAAAGGUGCUAUUAAUUAGAUUUACUCUUCAGGAAACCAAAACACAGAAAAGUUAAGUAACUUGCGCAAGGUCACACAGCUAGUAAGUAGCAGGCAUCCAGAGUCUCUGCUCUUAACUAUGACCGUACUACCUUCAUGUAUAUUUCAUAAAUAAAGGUAAUGGUUUCUUUUAACAAGCAUGCAUUGCUUCAUCUAUGAAUACUUUCUCUUUUUUAUAUUUUUAAUUUUUAUCAAAGUAAUUUGUGCAUAUGGCGUUUAAAAAUUGGUCCCUGCAAUAUGUCAUCUGGACUGUGGAAGGAAAAGUCUUACUGCAAAGUCCCUAAGGUUAGUACUCAGAUGCUAGUGACACAGAAUAACAAAGGAAGUUUGUGGGAGCCAGGAGAACUGUAACAAUCUGUGUGCUUAAUGUUUCCAUGUGAAACAUUAAGCACAGACAUUCUGCUCUUCUGACGUGUGAACCAAGCUCAGCGUCAGGUUCAGAGUCAGUCUCCUGGAGUCCCCAAGUAGUGUUUGCUUCCAACUUCCCAUCAUCCCCAAAAGCCCUUGUUCCCACAGUACUAACAGGCUGGCAGGAUCUUCUCUUUAUCCUUGAUACUCAGGGCCUCAUGACUUUCUUAAGUUCUAAAAGUUUCCUUCCAUUAUUUAUGGGAUUAUUACCUCUCCACAUGUUCCUUUCCUCUUCCUUGAUUUGUCUCCUGGAUCUGACCUCCACGCAGCUUACCUUUUCCCUCAGGGUGUUUGUCACUGGGUUUCUUGUGAGGUAUUUCUUCCACCUGAUU